AUGUAUGAAGCCAGCAUUGUGAAGUACCGUCCUCUCACGUGCUUUUCCCCCUCUACUGAGAACAACGCCCAACCAGCCACACGACGAACCCGGAACGAGUUUGGCCAAGUCCUUAGUCUACUUAAAGGUGUGGAGUGCCGUGGCCUCUUCAAGAAGUUCGCCCCUGUUCAAUAUCCCUGGAACCGUAAAGGAGGGGGAGCUAGGGAAGCGUUCGGCUCUGCACGACUAUACCCGACGUCCUCUCGAUACACCCGGUGCCUCAGCCACGAACCUGAGGAGGAGAAGGAAAACGACCAGGCACCCGUGCAAUACUUACCUCAGUGUAUAGUAAGGAGCCCACCACGUCGAACCGCCCUCGUCGGCCGGAAAGUGUCCAUUCUAGUCCGCAGCAGAGACCCUAAAGGGGCGAGAGAGAAGAGCAUCAGACACGUAGAGGACACUAAAGGGUUGGGUGCACCCCCAAAGAAGAAUAAUGACAAAUUAUCGUGUAAAGCACUUUCCAGCAAAAGCACCUUAAUUGAAGAUGGAAAUCCUGCUCGUUACUGUCUGCAAAAAAGUACAGACAAUUUGAAUCAAUCAAAAUCAUACAGAAAAAUCACCUUUGGUGAAAGAAACACAGAUAAACCUCAUAAAAUCAUACUGAUGGUGGGAGAAACAGGCAGUGGAAAAACAACUCUCAUCAAUACUAUGAUCAACUACAUCUGUGGUGUUCAGAGAAAAGACAAAGUUUGGUUUGAGAUCACAGACGAUCAGAGUAACACAUCAUCAGCUCACAGUCAGACCUCUGAUGUCACUGUCUAUGAUGUUUAUAUACAAGAGACUUCAGUUGAUUUAACAAUCAUUGAUACACCAGGAUAUGGAGACACUCGUGGAGCUGAGCAUGAUAAAGAGAUUGCUGAGAGUUUACUGUGUUUAUGUACAACUGAAGAUGUGAUCAAUGAAAUCAAUGCAGUGUGUUUUGUGAUUAUGGCACAUCAAAAUCGACUCUCUGACAGACAACAAUACAUAUUUGAUGCUGUUCAGUCUUUAUUUGGCAGUGAUAUUGGUGAAAACAUUGUGUUACUCUUCACACACUCAACUGGAGCUCGCCCUAAAAAUGCCCUGAAAGCCGUCAAAGAAGCUAAAGUCAAGUGUGCUGUAGAUGAGAAGAAACAGCCGAUCUAUUUUCUGUUUGACAACUGUCAGGAAGAAACAUUUGAUGAAGACGAACAAACAAUCUAUGAUCAUUCGUGGGAUCUUAGUUAUAAAGGAAUCAAAGAAUUUUUUAACUUUCUUGACACGACACAACCAAAAACCUUACAAAUGACUCAAAAAGUGCUAAAAGAACGGAUGCAGCUGGAGGCAAACAUUUCAAAUCUCCAGUCACGUGUCCAAGAUAUGGAUAUAAAGCAAAAUGAGUUAAAACAGACCCAAGAAGCUCUAGUGAAACACAAAAAAGAUGUUGAAGAAAAUAAUAACUUUGAGUAUGAAGUUGAAGUGUCCUACAAAGAAAAGGUUGAUAUCAAUCCUGCUGUAGCCAAACAGGCAAUGUGCUGCACUGUCUGUGAGGAGAACUGUCACUAUCCUGGAUGCUGGUGGAUCUGUGAUAUUUCAGGAUGUAGUGUGAUGAAAAAUAAUCACUGCUUAGUGUGCACAAAGAAAUGUCACUACAGCAAACACACCAAAGAAGCCAAAAUAUAUGAAACAAAGACAAAGACUGAGACAAGGACGUAUGAAGCUUUAAAGAAGGACUAUGAAGACAAAAUUGGUGAUGGUGAGUCGUUGGUCAAAAAGCUGCAAGAAGAGCUACAAGAAUUAGAGAAAGUGAAAAUCAAGCUGGCGAUUGAAGCUUAUCACUGUGUGGAGUCUCUUAAGAUCAUCGCACUGAACACAUUAUCUCUGUUCACACUUCAGCACAUUGAUUUUCUGAUUGAGAAGUUGAAGGAAAUCAAUGAACCUGGAAAAUGUAAAGCUCUGAAAGAUAUCAAGGAGAGAUCUGCAGGAAAUUAUGUCAUGUCAAUGCUGAAUGGUUGA